GAAACAUUCAGUUGGAAAUGAGGUAUCUUCAACCACAACUCUCCUGGACUACAUCCGUAAGGUGGCGAAUUUACGUGGAACUAAGUACAUGUGCAAGGAAGCCGGCUGUGGAGCCUGUAUAGUGAGUUACUCCAGACCAUCUGAUGAUGCAGCUUUUGGGAGACACAUUGUACAAGGAGUGAAUUCUUGUAUGGUGUCUAUAACUUCGUGCCAAGACUGGGAGAUCAGCACGAUUGAGGGCAUCGGGAACCGGCUGAAAGGAUACCACCCGCUGCAGGUCACCCUCGCCAAAGACAACGGCACGCAGUGCGGCUACUGCAGUCCUGGCUGGGUCAUGGCUAUGUACAGCUUACUAAAAACAAAACCUCGGACGAUGCUGGAUGUUGAAAGAGAUCUUUCUAGCAAUACCUGUAGAUGUACAGGUUACAGACCUAUUUUAGAAGCAUUUAAAAAAUUUGCUUCGGACGCUCCACCUAAUAAGCUGAUUGAUAUAGAAGAUUUAAGACUCUGCCACAAAGACAAUGAGCUAAGAAAAUGUGAAAGAAAAAUUGACAACACUGAUUGGUAUUUGGUAUCUGCAAAAGAAGUACCAAAUAAAAUGAUACGCCUGGAACUACACGAUCAUAGAACUUGGUAUAGGGUUGAAAUGAUAAACGACAUUUUCAAUAUAUUUAUAACAGAAGGAACUGAUUCUUACAUGUUGAUUAAUGGAAAUACUGGAAAAGGGGUAGUACCCAUUCUUGAGUAUCCAAGAUUGCUCAUAGACAUCUCUUGUGUAUGGGAACUUCAAGGUCAUUAUUUAGACCAGAAUCUGGUAAUUGGUGCUGGCACAACGCUGACUAAGGUUAUGGAAAUUUUUGAAGAUAUUAGUGAAGAUGAAUAUUUUUCGUACCUAAAAGUGCUGAAGGCGCACUUGGACGUUGUUGCUCAUAUACCUGUUAAAAACGUAGGAACAAUAGCUGGCAAUUUGAUGGUGAAACACCGUCACCCUGAAUUUCAAUCUGAUGUAUUUUUGUUAUUGACAACUGUGGGAGCAGAACUAACUAUAUUGUAUGCACCCGGACUUACGGAAGUGGUACCCAUGCAUAAGUUUCUCCAGUUGGAUAUGACAGGCAAAAUAUUAUUAAACGUCCUAUUCCCACCACUGAAUAGUCAAUAUAAAAUUUGGACACAUAAGAUAAUGCCUCGAUCACAAAACUCACACGCUUACGUAAACUGUGGAUUUUUAUAUAAGCUUGAUAAAGUAACAAAAGAGGUGUUAGAAUGUCGAAUUGCCUACGGUGGUCUAUCUCCUAAAUUCACAAGAGCAGCCAGAACAGAAAGUUUUGUUGUUGGUCGACGACUUUUUAGCAAUGAAACAUUACAAGGAGCAUUAUCUGUUUUGGACCAAGAACUGACCCUCUUUGUUGUUCCAAUGCCACCAAACCCAUCGGUUGAAUAUCGAAAAGAUGUUGCUUUAGCACUAUUUUAUAAAGGCAUUCUAGCAUUAGCUCCAAAAAAUGAAAUCAGUCCCUAUUAUGCAACUGGAGCAAUAAAAAUACACGAAUCAAGGCCAGUUUCAAAGGCACAGCAAGAUUUUGAUACCGACCCAGCGACAUAUCCAUUAAAUAAACCAAUACCUAAAUUGGAGGGCCUGCUUCAGUGUGCUGGUGAAGCGAAGUAUACGGAUGACGUACCUACAUUGCCCGGAGAAGUAUACGCAUGUUUCGUUUUAACUACAGUUCCAUUAGGUAAAAUAGUCAAAAUAGACCCCAGCAAAGCAUUGGAAAGACCAGGAGUGAUUGCAUUUUACUCUGCAGCUGAUAUACCUGGGAUUAACAGUUUUAUUCCCGUUAAUCCAAAAUACAUAGUACUCGUACAAAGGGAUGAAGAACUACUUUGUGAUGGAAAUGUUAAGUAUUUCAACCAACCUCUAGGUAUCAUUGUCGCAGAAACGGAGAAAUUGGCUGAAAUCGCCUCUAAAUUAGUACAUGUUACUUACACCGAUGUAAAAAAACCUGUGUUGGAUAUAAAGAUUGCCAAGAGAGAUCCUGCAAGAAAUACUUUAACUUUGAAUAUACCAGCUACCAGAGUAGGUCCAAAUGUUAACCGCAUUAUAACUGGUGAGAGAACAAUAUAUUCCCAGUAUCAUUUUUGUAUGGAAACAUUGGCUUGUGUUUCUCAUCCAACAGAAGAAGGAAUUAAGGUUUACGCUACUACCCAGUGGAUAGAUGGAAUUCAAGGCAUGACGUCAAGAGCAUUAAAAAUGGAUACAGGCAGGAUUGAUGUAAGUGUUCGAAGGCUCGGAGGUGGUUUUGGGUUGAAAAUUACUCGACCAACACAACAGGCUGUGGCAUGCAAUCUCGUGGUUUCUAAGCUAAAUAGGCCUUGCCGGUUUAUUCAGUCUAUGAGAACAAACAUGAGAGCUGUUGGUAAAAGACUACCAAAUUCUGUUGACUUUGAGGCAUCUGUCAGUGAUACAGGAGUUAUUCAAUAUAUUAAGUAUUCUAUUUACUCUGACAAUGGCUAUAUAUUCAAUGAAAAUUUCACGUCAUUGGGAAUGGACUUGUACUACAAUUGCUACGACCGAGGGCCUUGGAACUAUACUUCGUACAAUACUGUUACAGAUACAGCCUCCAAUACGUGGUGUCGCUCUCCUGGAGCCUUAGAAAAUGUUACAUCUACUGAAAUGAUUAUGGAACAAAUAGCAUAUGAAUUAGGAUUAGAUCCAUUGAACGUACGACUUGCUAACUUAGACAGAGUGAGACAUAACGCUAUCCAAGAAAUGACUGACUCCAUAAUGGCUAAAGCAGAAUAUAGAGAAAGAAGAAACAACGUGGAAAGAUUCAACAAAGAAAAUAGAUGGAAAAAACGAGGACUAAGAUUCACCUUCUUGAAGUGGUCUCCAUUUGGAACCCAGUACUAUGAUGUCAAUUUGAGUGUAUUUCAUGACGACGGUGCAGUUAUUAUAUCGCAUGGAGGAGUGGAAAUGGGACAGGGCGUAAAUACUAAAGCAGUGCAAAUAUGCGCGUACUAUUUGAAAAUUCCAGUUGAAAAAAUUCAAAUUAAACCAAACGAUACAUUGACCACACCAAAUGGUUUUGCAACUGGCGGUAGUCUUACUUCCCAGAAUGUAGGAAUUGGCGUUCAAAAAUGUUGUGAGGCACUAUUACAAAUAUUGGCUCCAGUGAGAGAAAAGUUGGAAAAUCCUACAUGGGAACAACUUAUUCAAGCUGCCUUUGCCGCUGAUUUGGAUUUACAGACACAUGCCCUAGUUAAUGCAAGUGAUCAAGAAUAUUCUGAUGUGUAUGGAGUAACAUUAUCUGAAGUAGAAAUUGAUGUUUUGACUGGAGAGCAUGAAAUCAAAAGAGUUGACUUAAUUGAAGACACUGGGCGAAGUUUGAAUCCUGAUAUUGAUGUUGGGCAGGUUGAAGGAGCAUUUAUCAUGGGAGUUGGUUACUGGACUUGCGAAGAAAUGGUAUAUGAUCCCCCAACAGGAGAGGUUCUCACUGACCGUACUUGGGACUAUCAUGUUCCACAAGCUAGAGAUAUCCCGGAGGACUUUAGAGUGUAUUUCAGAAAAGGAUCGUUUGGUACUCCGAAGGCACUUGGAGCUAAAGUCGUAGGCGAGCCAGCUACGUGUAUGGGCGUCGGUAUCGCUUUAGCUCUGAGAGAAGCUAUCACUGCAGCUAGGACUGACUCUGGCAUAUCCAGUAGAGUGUGGUAUGAUAUUGAUGGUCCUUACACCGUGGAAAAGAUAUAUUUGAACAGUGCUACAAAAAGAGAACAAUUCAAAUUAAACUAA